CAGUGUGUAAGGGGUGAGAGUGGGUGAUAGUAGGUGGUAGAUCUCUAGUUAGCCAAGACACAUUGACAGGGCAUCUUGCCAGCAUGGCAGCAGCACGCGGCACACUGUCCCUUCGAGAUUUCUUGUUGUCACCUCGGAAUUAACGCGAAACACUUCGUCGUCGACGUCGCGGGCAACUCAACUUUCCGGAGGACUCGACGAGAUAAAGGAUUCACCGACGAAAUCGUGAACACAUCAACGAGAUAAAGGAUUCGUCAACGAACUCAAAAGGGUUCGGGAAGGAAGGACUCGCCGAAAAGAUCGCGAAUUCGCUAACAAACUCAAGGAUUUAUCAGCAAACUCAAGGAUCCAGAAUAAAGGAUCCGUCGACAAAAGGAACGAUCGACAAGAUCAUGGACUCGUUAAAAAGAUCAACGAUCCAUCGGGAAGCUCGAGGGCCGAUCAACGGGCUCAAGGAUUCGUCGACGGACUGAAGGAUCGAGUAAAACUGCUCGUCGACGAAGUGAACGCUUCGAAUCGACGAGAUCAAAAGGAUUCGUCGCGAGGGGUAUUUCGUAGCAGUGCGACGACAGUUAGUGUUCCCGGGAAGUGCAAGUGCGGUCUUUGGUGCAGCUGAAGAUGUGAGGGGACGAGAUGUUCUCAGGCAGAGGUCUUCAGCAAGUGGGUUCGGACAUGUCCGAGAGGAAGAUGAGGAACUUGUACAAGAACAGGAAGAAGAGCGCGAUGGAGCUGCUCUGAAGACUAUGUGACGAGGAUGUUGCUUACAGUGUAGACUGGAAAGUAAGGCUCUAGUGGAGUGAGGAUAAAAAAAAGAAGAAGAAAGGUUUCACGGAUUCGCGUGGCACUUUUCCUUUGUGAUCCCGCAGGCCGUCGUAGGUGCCGCGUAAUUCGUUGUUCUAUCGUCCCGCGGGGUGACCGGAACUUGUUCGGCGAUACAAAGCCGGCUCGAAUUCGCCGCGGAUGAUUCUCCGCGGCUCGAGCGACCGAAUCACGUGGAAGAUGCGCGUGGUUUUCAGGCUAUGAAUGAAAAUAUCUGGCAGAUUUUCUGCAGAAGCCUUUAGAGGAAACCGGCAGGUCUUCCAAGCCAUAAAGGGCGACCGGAGGGGCUGGACCGUAUCUCCGACGAGAGGAGGAAAUCCGUCCGCGUAUUUUCCAGGGAGGCGGGGUGAAGGGGGUGUUUCUAAGGGCGGCUGCGAGCAGAAAUUUCGCAGAGAUGGAGUUCCUGCAGAAUCAUCACACGGUGAACACCACCGAGCCGCCGUACACCCUCGGCACAGGUUCGGUAGGAAGUAUCGAGGCCACGAUACCUUCCGGCCUGUGCACAGGACCUCUCGGGGUGUUGUCCAGCGAGGACACUCUAACGGACAAUCAAAACGAGGACUUAGGUGCUCUCCAGGGCACCCUUCGCCUGCAGGACCUGCAAAGCUCCCCGGACGAUAUUGGCGCCGAUCAGAGUCAACAGAUCCAGAAUUCUGGACAGAACCAGGUCGUCAGCGAGUUCGGGGCGAGCUUCUGGGUCGACGACAUGGCCGGCUUCCCGUUGCCACCUCUCGAUUUAGACCCUCUGCCGCCUGGCCUCUUCAGCCCUUGUUCUGGGACUUAUAACUGGAGUUGUACCCGCGGCGAGUGCGCGCCAAGAACGGGCAACGCGAACGGCGAAGGUGUCGCGGAUGUCCUGCUAUCUCUAAAACAUGCGGUGGUCCAUCCCGGAAGUCCUACGGGAGGCUACUACUCGACGGGAGGAUCGAGUCAUCAUUACUCGCAGGAUUACACGCAAAAUCUCGGUCCGCCCGUGCCGCCCACGCAUUACGCGUCCACGCCGGCCAUGUCGGUGAACGUUUCCAUGAAUAUGACGAUGAACAUGAACAUGCACUCCGGGUACGAGCAGAGCUAUUCGUCGGCAUGGGGCGUGGAGCCCCUGCUAAGUCCCGCCCAGCAGUAUAAUCCGGUGGAGCAACAGACGAGGGUGAAUCAACCCCCGGCCAAUAGCCUGAUCGGCACCAGCACCCAUCCUCAUUCUCAUCCCCCGUCGCACGGCCAUUCGAGGCUGCAAUUGUCUAGCGAGCAUGCGCUAUGCAUAGGCGCUUCCGGGAACCCGGUCACCACCGAUGACAAUGGCAGGCCUAACCUGUGCAGAAUAUGCGGAAAAUCGUAUGCACGGCCCAGCACCCUCAAGACGCAUCUCAGAACGCACUCCGGUGAAAAACCGUUUAGGUGUCACGCGUGUUCGAAAGCAUUUAGUCAAGCGGCGAACCUAACAGCUCACGCGAGAACUCAUUCCGGAGAAAAACCAUUCCGUUGUCCGGUGUGUGACCGAAGAUUUUCUCAAAGCAGUUCCGUGACUACGCAUAUGAGAACGCAUUCAGGAGAGCGUCCGUACAGGUGUAGGUUCUGCAAGAAGGCGUUCUCGGACAGCUCGACGUUAACGAAGCACCUCCGCAUUCACUCCGGGGAAAAACCGUACCAGUGCAAGCUGUGCCUGCUGAGGUUCAGCCAAAGCGGCAAUCUGAACAGGCACAUGCGAGUCCACGGGGGCUCCCUAACGUGACACAGCUCGCUCUCGAUCAUUGACGACAAUCGAAUAUUGCCACGGUGUUGUCGGAUACCUGUGAUUCAACUUGGCCCGAGCUUACCGGAACGAAUGUAAAGUAAAAGAGAAACCAAGUAAACGAAAAACUGCGACAGUC